UAACAGACUCAUCCUGGGAGUGCAGCAGGCACGGCUGCUUCCUCACACCCACUCGAGACAAUGGUAGCAAUUCCAUCAGAAGUUGCUCUAGAAAAAGCGAACAGUUCUUUUUUUAUUUACAGAAGCAACAUGUAGCAGCACAGAGCAUAGGAGAAGGGCAGGAAGUAACAGACAAAGGAACAGAGUUGAAAGUUAGUCAGUUUUUAAAAUAAAACCCAGCAGGCAUACUAAAUGUGUUGUUUCUGAAAUGCUUUAAAAGUGUGCCAGAGACAUCACAGUGGAGACACUCAUCAUGUCUCUCAGAGUUACCCUGGAGAACGAUAUCAUGGUGUCCAACCGUGUGUGUGUUUAAAAACACACCGGGCUUGCUCGUGGUCUCACUCCUCAUCAGACAUACUUGGAACUGUGGACUCGUAUAAAAACCGGUUAGCUGUGGACUGCUUGGACCCAGGUCUCAUCACCAAGCAUGUACCUUGAUCAGCUUGAAACUGAUGUUUGCUUGCUGACACAGUUUGAUUUCCUGCGGUUAUACACAGUGCAUACCGUGUAAAUAAUCAGAAUGAGAGCAAUACAAAAAGAGCAGCCAUGUUGGAAGCUGUCUGCAGAUCCCAUAAAAGAUGAUCUCAAAUGGGAGUUCAGCCAAAUUUAAACCAGCGGGGUUAGUGAUCACCACCCCACAGGGCACACUGGUCCCCACCGCCUCCACGCAGUCUUUUGUAGCUGGACACCCCACUGCCACCACCAUGAUAGUGUCUGCAGUGCACCCCUCAAAUUCAGAUAAGAAGGAGGACAUUGCUCCUGCUGUUGUCAUGCCGGCACCAUCAAAACGAGGCAGGAAAAGCAAACAGGUGAUGAGCAGGGUGGCUGGAGUGGGUGGGGUCCUCCCUCCAGGAAGUGAUGCGUUAAUACUGGCACACCUUGCUGCUGGUGGACAGCACCACGCUGGCGACCCAUAUGAUCUGUCAAAUGAUGAGGAUGAUCACACUAACAAAGACGGACCCAAAUCUUACAGGUGUCGGAUGUGCGCAGUGACAUUCUUCAGCAAGUCAGACAUGCAGAUCCACGCCAAGUCCCAUACCGAGGCCAAGCCCCACAAGUGCCCCCACUGCUCCAAGUCGUUUGCCAACUCCAGCUACCUGUCCCAGCACAUUCGUAUCCACAGCGGGGCCAAGCCCUACACCUGCACGUACUGCCAGAAAACUUUCAGGCAGCUCAGUCACCUACAGCAGCACACACGAAACCACACUGAGGCCAAGCCCCACAAGUGUCCCCACUGCUCCAAGUCGUUUGCCAACUCCAGCUACCUGUCCCAGCACAUCCGCAUCCACACCGGGGCCAAGCCCUACACCUGCUCCUACUGCCAGAAAACAUUCAGGCAGCUCAGUCACCUACAGCAGCACACACGGAUUCACACCGGUGACCGGCCAUACAAGUGUAAUCAUCCUGGCUGUGAAAAAGCUUUCACUCAGUUGUCCAACCUCCAGUCUCACCGUCGGCAGCAUAACAAAGACAAGCCGUACAAGUGCCACAACUGUAAUCGUGGUUACACAGAUGCUGCCAGUCUAGAGGUUCACCUGUCCACACACACCGUGAAACACGCCAAGCUGUUCUCCUGUGGCCUCUGCAACCGAUCCUAUACCUCGGAGACGUAUCUAAUGAAACACAUGAAGAAGCACAACCCCGACCCAUUAACAGUGGCAGCAACAGUAGCUGCUCAGCAGGCCCAGGGUCUGACACCAGGCAGGGGCCGAGGCCGCGGUCGAGGGAGAGGUGCGGGCAGAGCGAACCAGCUCCAAAACCAGACGAACCCUAACAACCAGAACCCAAACCCCGGACCCCCAGGCAGCUACCAGCCACAACAGCAACCCACAGAAUCUGUGGUCCCCUGCCCAUUUGAUCUACACCAGUACAAGACAGUGUCAGCCAGCGAGAUCCAGUACAAACCAGUCACUGUGGCAGACCUGCCAGUGACCCACAAAGACCUCUGCCUAACCGUCUCCACGUCAGCCAUACAGGUGGAGCACAUGAACUCAUAGGCUGCGUCUUCCUGCUCUGCUCGAGGGAUUAGUCGAGUAAAAAUGGUCCAUAUGUACAAGUAAUUUAACUGUAUUCAGUAUUAGAGCCUUCUUAAAAUCAGGGGAAAAACAGCUGAUUGGGUGAAUUUCUAUAAUUCAGAUCUUCUAUUUUAUUGACACAUCACUGAAUUUGAAAGUGUAAAAACACUAGUGUAUUCAGUUUAGACUUCCGUAGCUUUCCGUGAGAUUAUUUUUUAAAAGCGGUUAGUCGGGUAAUGCAAUACAAUCAUGGAUAGAAGUAAAUUUGAAUUCACCCACUUAAGAAGCUUUGAUGCUGAGUACAACCAUAAAUUACUUACACAGAUAUUUUACAGUGUGCUUCUUGAUUCCUGAGCCCACUUGCCAUGUAUCUCUCAGUCCUGCUCUGAGGGAUCUUUGGAGGAUAAAGGUGUAAAAUAUCUGUAAAAUUAAAAAAAAUAAUUUCACUAUUCUUUGAGCAGUUAUGGUCCAAAGAAUAGUGUAAAUGUUGAAGACAUUCAGAUCACAUUAAUCUGAACAUUCAUCACUUAUUAGUUCAAGCCAAAACAAAGAACGGAGUGAAUGAUGGGAGACUG